AAGUAGUUGAGUCGCGUCAGCGAAGAUCAUGCGUCCCUCUGGUGUUACAUCGAAACGCCAAUAAUUCGAUCUUGUAUAUUGUAUGGACACCUUUCCUCGAUCCAAAUUCAAGCUGCUUCUAGUUGAUAUGCUCUUUGUCUUUUGCUUUUCUGUCACAGCUGCUCUUUGUCGUUCGUGGUUGUCUUUUCCGUAUCCUUGAUCGCCAGGCAAAGGCGGCGAUUAUUAACCAAGCACAUCAUGUCUCCGCUCCAGUCAUUUGAUGUAAAAGAAAAGCUGCAGCAGCUGGGCCUUGGCGACAAGUCAGCGUUGGUGGCGCAAGUGACGAAACAUCUCUCUUCUAGCACUAGCACCACCAAUGCGACUUGGUUCUGGGUCCCUGGGCGGGUGGAGUUCGCGGGCAAGCACACUGACUAUUGUGGAGGCGAGUCCAUCGUUUUUGCGGUUCCAAAAGGGUUUCUGCUCGCCGCAACCAGAGAUGAGCAAGCUCCUACAGACGAUUCGCCCGGUUGUACCAUCACUGUAGUUCACUGUGUGACCGACAAAAAGUCAUCGGGAAAACAAGAGUCCUGGAUAUAUCUACCGCCUGGGAGGACGAGCAGCACCAAAGACGAGGGUUCUACGGGGGCCGCACCGGAGCCGUCCUACGCAAAGUACUUCGCAGCUACGUGGAGCCGGUUGUUCCUUAACUUCGGUCUGCACUUGCGUAGCUCGUGGACAAUCUACUUCGCGUCGGACCUCCCGCGCGCCUCCGGUCUGAGCAGCAGUUCCGCUCUCGUGGUCGCCGCCUUUCUCUUCGCCGAAAAUCUGUCGAAAAUUGGAGAGCUUUGUGAUACAGAAGGACCAGAAAAACCACUCCGAAACUUCUCUCUCACUCGCGAGAAACUCCGCGAAAACCCCGCCGACCUGGCUGCCUACCUUGGUUGCUGCGAAAAUGGCGCUCCGUUUGCGUCUAGCGACGGUUCCACCCAGCUUGCUGGGAGCUCUGGGGUUGGAACCUUCGGCGGCUCGGAGGACCAUGCGGCCAUUCUGGGGGUCGGCAGAGUAGAGCAAUUAGAUCAAGCUAGCGAGGACGGCGCAACAAUAAACAGCAGCUCCGUUUUGACCCGGCUGUCCUUCUGUCCGGCGAAAGUGGUCGAGACGUUGCCCUGGCCGACGGAGGACUACGUCUUCAUCAUUGCAAGCUCUGGCGUGCUGGCGGAAAAAGCCGGCGGAGUCAUGCAGGAUUACAACAACGCGGUUUUUUUGGCUCGGAAAGCCAUCGAGGGGAUAGACCGAUACGUGAAGAAAGAGCAGGGGGAAGCUGAAACUGCAAAUCUCAUCGAUAUACUACCGUCGACUUCAUCUACUCUGCAAGCCGCGGUGCAAUCUCUUCGUGCGAUUAUUCCUAAUGUUGAAGAGAUGGACAGCACUGACGGAUCUCAGAGUCGUAGCGUGGCGCACGACGCGACCAUAGAUGUUUUGCAGGCGGCGCUGGUGGAGAUGAGCCAUACCGACCGUGAAGUCGACCAGACCUUGGCUGCCGCAAUCUGCGAACGGGCGGUGCAAUUUGCCAACGAGAUGGAGCUCAUUCGCCACCUGGCGCGCGCUUUGCGAGAUUACAAGAGUUCUGCACCCGCUCCUCUCGCCGGUAGUUCCGAAGCGCAGCAGGAAAAGGAGAAAGCGAACAAGUUCGAAAACACCCUGCGCACGUGUUUCCAGGAAUCGCAGGACGGAUCGGACAUCGGCCUCCACAACAUUAUUGCCGAAACGGCGUAUCUCCCCGCGGCCGCGCUGGACCUGGGCGCCGUCGCUUCAAGCGCGUUUGGCGCCGGUUUCGGCGGGUCGGUUUUCGCAGUGGUAAGGCGGAGUGUGGCGGACAGCUUUCUAGCGGCCUGGGAAGAGGACUACUACGAGAGUUUUCCACAACGAAAAGACGCAGCGGAGUUUUUCGUCGUCGAAAAACCCGCUGUGGGCGCGCAGCUACUUUUUUGACCAUGCAUAGGCACUACAGAAUAUCAAUAUCUAGGAAACAAAGGAAUGCGGAAAACAAAUACAAAAACGAAUAGCAUGACUCAUCACAUUCAGAUGUAACAUUUACGCUCGAGAUUUUUUUGCUCAAUCAGUUCUGAUUGAAGACCCAUCCAUGUAGUAGACUCCAGCGUAAGACUGAGACGCCCCUAAA